AUGGACCAGUUCAAGACUCACACCGCGUCUUCGGGUGGCCGAGACCGUGGUCACGACAACUGGAAAAAGACUGAUCUAAGCGAGAAUACCUGCGACUGUUGCAAGAAGAUGCCCGCCGCCCUGACCGUUCACCAGUUGUGCAGAGAAUGCGGCUUCGUCGUCUGCCGUGACUGCGUUGCCAAGGGCGAGAUCUCGAACCGCGGCUCUCACGUUGCUCAUGAGGUUGGCGACUUCGACUGGGUGGACCGCUACGCACUCUUGACCCAGCGCGCUGGCGGAUCGCGCGCUCCUGGUCAGCCAUCCGUGGCCAUCGCCGUCCCGGGCGAUCAGGCCAACACGCCUGAUGCCUCGCCCACCAAGGGCUCGUCCUCUGCUCCCGAGAGUUCUGCGAAGAAGAUGACCCAGACCACCCUCACCACCACCCAGAAUUCGUCCCUGGCUCUCUCUACGCCCACAAAGGCAAAGAACUCCUCCUCCGCCACCACUCGCCCUUCCAAGAAGCCCAAGCAUUCGAAGAAGAAUAAGGCGGGCAAGAAGAAGCAGAAGAAGGGCAAGAAGUCGUACUACAAUUCCGACUCCGACUCCGACUUCGACGAGAUGGAUUCCAGCGCGCCCUCCGACAAGGAGUAUGUCCCGCCCGCGGAGGCAGGCGGCAAGGGGUCCGCCCCUGCCGCCACCGCCGAUGCGGGCAGGGCUGCUCCUGUCGGACUGGCGCAGUCCCGUCCCGUCCGCGCCGCUGCCAUCAACACCUACGAGAAGAUGCGCAGCGGCAGCGGCAGCGGCAACGUCAAGAAGGAGGAGCCCGAGGUCGAGGAGAUGGAGAUCUCUGAGAUUCCCGAGGCCAAGGGAAAGCUCGCCGAGCAGGCCAUCCCGGCCCAGGAUCAUGGAUACGCCCAGCAGGGUCAAGUCCAGGGCGGAGGCGCGUACCUCCGUGCCCCUCAGUACGGCGAAGGUCCCCGCCACCUCGGCCUGCCUCAGCUUCACCCUGGUGCCGAGAACAAGCGUGCGGCGGCUGCUGCCGAGAAGGCCCCGGCUGCGAAGCGUCAGAACACUAGCAAGAUGGACUCUCUCACUGCCAGCAUGAGCUCCAUGUCCGCUGGCACCGUUGGUGUUUCCAAGAAGGCCGCGACUCCUCAGAAGGCCAAGAGCUCUCAGAAGGGCAAGGCGCCUGAAGUCGCUCAGGUUUCGCAGACUUCCCAGUCUCAGACUUCUGGCCAGGCUCAGUCCUCCAACCAGGCUCAAUCUACCCAUACUCAGACUUCCAACCAGGGCCAAUCUUCCGGCCAGGGCCAGUCUUCCGGCCAGGUUCAGUCUUUCCAGACCGUAUCGCUUCAGCAGCACGCCUUCCCGCCUCAGCCCAUCGCCCCGAACACCAAUCUUGAAGAGCGCAACGCCAGCCGCCGCCUCGUCACCGCCGACCUGGGCGAUCUCCUCGAUGCGAUUCAGGCCAAGCUCAAGCUUCACAUCCGCGCCGCCGGUCUCACUCAGCGCCAGCAGUGUGACGUUGUACUUCGAGAGAUCGUCCACAGUGCCUGGAUUACCAACAUUGUCUUGACGCAGAUGAAGCGCAACAACGGCGAGCUGCCUGCGAUUGCAGUCUUGCGCGGCUACGCCGUGGCCAUCAUGUCCAACAUGAAGCUGGGAAGAUGCCCUCUGACGAGAAACUGGAUCGACGGGACUGAUCAGGCUAUUCAGGCCGUUACCGCGGAUCUUUCUAGCGUUACGCAGAUCGAUGUCGUUCAGCCUGCCUUUCAGCCUGGCCUUACCUACCCCAUCAACGGCGAGGACGUCGAGGGUGCCAACACUCUGACGUUCAUGUCGGCUGGCGGCCACGGCAACUAA